AUGCGUUCGUUCUUUUUCACUGCACUUGUGGCCGCCUUUACGGCGACCACAGCUGCCGCUCCUUUUCCCGGUCCAGCCGCCUCGCCAAAUGCGGAGGCUUUUGAUCCAUCUUCAGCUACUAAUUUCUUGAGGCCCAUUAAGCUGGCCGACCUUGAGGCACAUGAUGGCCUUGAGGCGCGCACCUUACCCGACCUCUCUUGUUUUAAACCGACACAAACCGCCAACUUCCUCUUCGGUGGCCUCGGUGCUGCCGGAAAGCUUUUUAUGGCAAACAUGACUCUUCAUGCCCCCGAAAACCUUCCAGUUGUUCUGAUGGAGGAAUUUGAGAGUCUUACUUCUACCGUUGACUGCAAGGGCGACGAUGGACAGAUGGCCUUGACCUUCAAAUCUCAGGAGGCAUAUGACUUUGCCAUCAAGUCAUGGUCCUAUGUUAAUGCGAAUAAGGAAAAAGAAUUUGUUCUGGUUGCUAACCAUGCUGGCUGCGGUCUCAAGGGACGUCGUCAAGCCUAUAAGAUUACCAAAGUUGUUAAUGUAGCUGCCAAACUUACCGUUACACUCGAGGCCCAAGCUGUUGCCUGGAAGCAGUUUGCUGGCAAUUUCGACAUUGACUUUGGUAACUACAAGAUUGCUACUAAGGCUCUCCUUGCUCUUCAAUCGAAGGGUGUCAUCGAAUUUAUCGGUGAAGCCAUCGAUAAAAUCACCGCUGGAUUCCAAGCAGGCCUCAAAGGCGGAACCGACGCCAUCGUUGACAUUGUCGAUGAUGGGAACAGUGAAGUCUGCCUUCCAGUUAACCUUCCCAUCAAGAUCUUCACGCCAAAUACCCCAGUACCUAUCUACAAGAGCCCUGAAAACCCCUCCGAAGUCGAUCUUACUUGCAAAAACUGCUACGUCAAGGGCAACUUCCUCACCGUUGGAUAUAUCAAGGUCGUCAACUACGUAACCACCGACUUCAAGCUCGAGAUCGAGCCCAAGGACUUCAGUACUGCUGCUGAGUUCCAACUUGACCUUGUCAACGUUAAGAAGGAUUUCAAGUACUCUCAAACUAUUUUUGAAAGCGUGAUCCCCUACACUGGAAUUGAAAUCCCCGGAAUUUUGUCUGUUGGCGCCAAGGUUGGCUUGUUGAUUCACGGUAAUAUUAAAUUCAGCGGUACCGCCAGCAUCAACUUCGGCUGCACCACCAAGCUUCCAAAUGGCGGCAAGAUCACUCUUGUUCUAGUUGGCAAUGGUAAAUGCGGCGUCGUCGGUCUGGACAAAAUCGAGGCUAAGCCAGACAUCACAUUCAACAAGGGCAAAGUUGAGCUUGACACCACGACUGUUCCUGAGUCUAGCAUCACUUAUGGCUUCGCAAUCCUGGGUGGCGGUGUUUCUAUCGAAGCUGGCGUCAAGUUUGGCGUGCCUAUUGACUUAAAUGUCACCACCGGCAACAAUGAGAAAGGAUGGUGCCCUGGUAACGCUACCAAGACUGGCGUAACAGUUUCUGCUGGUGCUGCUCUUAAAUUGGACUUUGGUGUUUGGCAAAACAAGCAAACUCCCAUUUUCAAGAUCCCGCUCUUGAACUUCCCAAUCCAAUGCCCUAAGAUCUGCAAACCUAUUCCAGAAAUCGAGCCUGGACACCCCCCAACUGUCAUUACCCCCGGAAAGCCCCCGGUUAUUCCUGGAUUGCCCCCAGUGAUUCCUGGGAAGCCCCCAAUUAAGACACCAGGCAAAGGUAAGCCCAUAUUUCCCAAUCCCAUCAGACACUUCUUGUCCUCACAUGUCGACAUCGAAUAG